AUGGUGCCAGUUGAAAAGCCCCUGGUGAGACUAAUUAUUUCUCUAUUUCAGGUGGAACAACAAUUUUCUCACAAAUUCACUGUGACUGUCGUCCGAGCUGAGAGCGUCACCAAGGGAGCACUGGGAGACUUGUUGGACACACCAGACCCGUACGUGGAGCUUUUAAUCCCGACAGCCCCAGAGAGCAGAAAAAAGACCAGACACAUAGACAACAACAUCAAUCCAAAAUGGGAAGAAACCUUUCACUUCAUACUAGACCCCAACCUGCAGAACGUUUUGAAGAUAACGUUAAUGGACGCCAAUUAUGUGAUGGACGAGACCCUUGGGACCACUUCCUUUGACAUCGCCAAGCUCAAAGUGGGCCAGAAAAGGAUGGAGACCUUCCUUAUUGGCAAAACAACCAAGGUCUACUUAGAGAUGUUUCUGGAGAUCUGUACCAAGUUGGAUCUACGAUUCAGCCUUGCUCUGUGUGACAACGAAAAGCAGUUCCGGCAGACCCGCCGAGAACGAGUGAUGCUGGGAAUCAAGAAGUUGCUUGACAUGGAAAAGCCGCGUUUCCUUCCUAGCUCACCAGAAGAGGUACCAGUGAUCGCCAUCUCGGGUUCAGGAGGUGGCUUUCGUGCCAUGGUCGGCUACUCGGGUGUGAUGAAAGCCCUCUUUGAGUCUGGAGUCCUGGAUUGUGCAACCUAUAUUGCUGGUCUCUCUGGAUCCACCUGGUACAUGUCCGCUCUGUACUCCCACCCAGAGUUUCCAAAUAAGGGCCCAAAUGAGAUCAACAAGGAGCUCAUGAACCGAGUCAGCAGUAAUCCAUUGAGGCUGUUGCUGCCACAACAUAUAACCAAUUACAUCCAGGCUCUGUGGACCAAGAAGGCCUUGGGACAGCCUGUUACCUUCACCGAUAUAUUUGGUAUGCUCAUCGGAGAGACGCUUGUACCUUCGAGGAUGGACAUCAAGCUGAGUGACAUCAAGGAGAAAAUCAGUCAGGCUCAGUGUCCUCUUCCUCUCUUCACUUGUCUGCAUGUCAAGCCAGAUGUUUCGGAGCUCAUGUUUGCAGACUGGGUGGAGUUCAGCCCUUAUGAAAUUGGAAUGGCAAAGUACGGCACUUUCAUGACGCCUGACUUGUUUGGAAGCAAGUUCUUCAUGGGGACUGUCGUCAAGAAAUAUGAGGAAAACCCUCUUCACUUUUUAAUGGGUGUGUGGGGAAGCGCCUUCUCUAUUCUUUUUAACCGAGUGCUGGGCGUCAAAGACACACCUGGAGGCUGCACAAUGGAGGAAGAGUUAGAGCAGAUUAAACCACAGCACAUUGUUGGAGAAGACAGUAUGGACAACGAGGAUGAACCCCGCAAAGUCGGCACAGAGAACCAAGAGGCUGAGGAUGAGUAUCAUCGCACUGCUCAGGCCAGCUGGGUACAAAGGAUGUUCACAUCGCUCUUCAGCGACUCAGCCCUGUUUAACACCAGAGAGGGCCGUGCUGGCAAGGUGCAUAACUUCAUGUUGGGCCUGAACCUGAACACCAGCAUGCCUUUCUCUCCUGUCAGUGGGGUCAUCUGCCAUGCACUUACACCAGAGGAGGAGGUAGACGCUGUGACAGACCCUGACGAGUUUGACCGCAUUUAUGAACCUCUGGAUGUGAAGAGUAAGAAGAUCCAUGUGGUGGACAGCGGCCUCACCUACAACCUCCCAUACCCUCUCCUCUUGCGGCCCCAACGCACCGUCGACCUCAUCAUCUCCUUUGAUUUCUCUGCACGACCCAGUGACUCCAGCCCGCCAUUCAAGGAGCUCUUGUUGGCGGAAAAAUGGGCUCGUAUGAACAAGCUUCCAUUCCCCAAAAUUGAUCCGAAAGUCUUCGACCGAGAGGGCCUGAAGGAAUGCUACGUGUUCAAACCCAAAAAAGGCGAAAAGAACUGCCCAACUGUCAUCCACUUUGUUCUGGUCAACAUCAACUUCAGGGAGUUUAAAGCGCCUGGUGUUCCAAGAGAGACAGAGAAGGACAAAGAGUUUGCAGACUUCGACAUCUUUGACGACCCCGAGUCUCCAUUCUCCACCUUCAACUUCCAGUACUCCAACGAGGCAUUCACUCGACUCCAUGACCUCAUGGAAUUCAACACCCUCAACAACUUGGAGGUGAUUAAAGAGGCCAUCAAAGAUCGCAUCGUGUUACGGAAAGAGAACCCUUCCUCCCUCACUUUGCCCUUCUACCUCAGCGAUAUCCCCAAGAAGAGGUUUCUCAAAAGGAAUCCUCACCUUAAACCCUGGAAUCACCAUGACAACAAUGACCAGUAGUCGCCUGCUUUUGAAUGUACACUUUCGGCAUUAUCUUUUUGGAAAUGAUCAGAUGUGUCUGUUUCAUCACAUUAGAUAAAAAGUGAUUUUGUAGUCUCAGAAA